AUGCACUUGGCAGGAAAAUCAGUCCCGCAAGUAGUAAUCAACGAUAUCGUAGCACAAUUGAGGCACGACAACAUUAUUAAGUCAGUACAUGAUGUGAAAGCGGUUCGACAUGGAGUUGAGCAAGUUCGAUUUAAAGCAGAAGUAGAGUAUGAUGGACGAGCAAUCACCAAUUUGUAUCUUUCGGAGUCAUGUCACAUCCCUUCUGUCAUUGAG